GCCUCACAGCAAAACUGCAGAUAGAUAGCCUGACCGAGGAUGGAGACGAGAUCGACUUCCGCGCGGAACUCUUGGAGCUUCCCGAGGUGGCAACUGAAGGAGAUGUGGUUGAAGCUUUCUCCCUGGAUCCAGAUUUCGACUACGAUAACCCGCCCGGGGGCAUGUCGAGCAAGUUUGGCGCCGCUGACCUUCGCGAGGUGAUGCGGGUGACUCCUCCGCCCCUGGGGUCGAGCCCCGAGGAAGAAGAUGUCGCAGAAGACGCGGUGCGCGAGCCCUGA